CAGUCUUCGACGCUCUCCUCGAGAAAGCACGAUAGUCACCAUUCGUUGAUUCGCUCACAUACUCGCGCGAAGAGGCAUCCCUCCUCAGCCUGUGGUGGCACACACAAGCUGAGCUUUGCUACCUCUUCUUCGAGCUAUCGUCUCCUGCAAGCGAAUCCAUGAUGUUCCGUUCGGCUGCGGAGCAUCGCACAUCCGUCAGAAGUCGCCCCUAGCCAGCUCAGAGAUGGCAGAUCCGAGCGGCGCCAAGGUACGAUCUUCUCCUGUCAGCGCAGAAGCGACCCUCGCGUCAUCAGCUGAAAGUCUGAAAUGGCACGUCUUGGGUGUAUUCGCUGCGGCUGCAGCCCUUCUGUCGCUUUGGGUUGAUUCAGUCUCGCUACCAACGUGGCUCUGUAACAUCUUCGCCAUCUGCUUCACCCUAUUCGCUUUUACAGCGAUACCAGCAUCGGUCGUAGUCCUUGCUUACCUGGCAGACCAACGCCAACUUCUCCGCACUCGUGAUGAGCCUCGCCUUGACGGGUCAUCUCGACCACAGCUUUCGUUCACUCAACCCACCGCGUGGGCCAAGCUUCGUCGGGAUAUCAACAGACCUCGACCUCCCACCUCAUCUUUGUGGCCAGCGAGCAAGCCCCUGAGCGAUGUUGCGGAUACCAUAAUCAAGUGGACCAUCCGCGACUUCGUCUCUCCGUGGCAUACGCCUCUUACAGCGCGUAGUGGUUCGGGCGGUGAAGUGACGUCCAGCAAUUUCUUGCGUGCUGUGGACCGCGCUCUGCGGCAUGUCCUGCGCACGCUGGGCGAAAGUGGAUCUCGGCUCGACCUGUCAACCCUCGUUGUCCGCGGAGUCUUGCCGAAAGUGACAAGUCACAUCAGUGUGCACCGCAAAGCUGUGCUCCGACUCCAUGGACCUCCUCUGGCAGGGGCAGGGGACCCGAACCAGCUUUCAGGAGACUCAACUACGGACAUUUUCCUUGCAAAGGCGUACGAGGCCUGCGGAGGCUCGCUGCAUGCUGCUGUCGCAUCAACCUCGACGCUAGACACUCGACACACCGAACAAGCUCAUUUGCGCUCCAGCGCCGAACGUAUCCUGGCCGUGCUGUUGCCUGAGGAAGAGCUUCGCAGCCCAGCUGUGCGCAUCGUCGCACGGGAACUUCUCGCCUGCACUGUCCUCGCGCCGCUGGUCGACUCUUUGUCGGACCCAGACACCAUCAACUCGAUGCUCGAGCAUCAGGCUUCUGUCGCACUGCAAGAGCAGAAGCUGAUCACCCAGCUCCGUGAGACGUUGGACAGAGAGCAAAUGCACUCGCGCACCAGAGGCGGCAAGGACUCGCAUCUCUCGUCUUACAACGACGUCGCUCUCAGUGACCGGAUCAAGCGUGGCCCCGCGUCAGGAAUACCCUCCCCUCUCGCCAUUCGUAGCAUGGACGAGGCACAAGCUCGUCGGCUCAAGACCGCUCUCGUGCGCGAAGCUAACAAGAUGCAGAGUGUCACCGGCGGGAGCGGCUUGCAAACAGACUCGACACGGCAGUACAAGCGUAUGAAAGAGGGCAUCGUGGCUGUCGAUGCUCGGCUUGCCCAGCUCGAUAAUGUCAAGUCUGAGGCUGUUGCCAAAGCCUUGCCAGCGGACGACGUGCCAAAGCACAUGGAACUCGACACCACUUUUGACCCGGCUCCAGUCACUCUGCAGACCGUUCUCAAGAAUUCGCUCGCUUUGUCUCAUUUCCUAGAGUGGAUGGAACGUCGAGGCGCAGGUCAGCUCGUGCAAUGCUGGAUGUCGAUGUCCGUCUUUCGACAGCCGCUCGAGGAGGUCGAUAGCGAUGCCGAAGAAGAAGAUGCCGCGCGCCAUUCGGCUCGGUCCCAGAACGCUUCGCGAGAUGCUCUUGACGUUCUCCUCGCGGACCUGCGACCGUUCGUGGACCACUACUUCUCAGGACUCACCUGCAUCAAUAUCCGAGACAAAGAAGCGGUCAUUAGGGCUACGCAAGAGUCGUCUAAGCCUAACGCUGUCAUGACGCACACAGAAUUGAAAGCGGCACGGAGGAGCGUCCUUAAGGCUCAUCAUCAGAUAGAGAUGGAGCUCCUUGAAGAAUACUGGCCAAGCUUUGUUCGAAGCCGCGCUUUCGCACGAGCUAGGCGAGAGCUUGCACGCGACACCGGCUCGGACGCACGGCAGCUGCAUACUUCUCAAGCUAUCACGUCCGCUGAUCGUUCGCGACGAAGCAUCGACGACGAAACAGUGGAACAAGCAAUGGAUCGAAGCAUGCAUUCUGCUGACCUCUUUGGGCACGAGCCGAUCCACCGAACGCGGUCCGCUUCGCUCGCGCUUCCAACACAAGCCGGCACUGAGCCUCUUGCAAGAACUCGCGGCAUUUCGAAGGUCGCCAGGAAAGGCAGCCGUGCAACACACAAUCUCGACCUUUUGAUUGGCGGUGCUGGUACUGUUCGCAGCCCGAGCGAAAGGCCUCCGCUUUUCCGCGAGAGUCUGUUUGAGGAUGGAGAGGCUGAUGAUAGUGCAGACCAGAAUGACACCGAAGAAGCGCCACUCACCCUUCGAGCAGACCGGAUGGACGCUUUGGCCGAUGCCCUUGCUAACCUCAUCGCCGAUGAUGGUGCGAUCGCUACAUCCGGUGAACGGGUGCUGUCGCACCUGACUAGCACGCAUGCAAGUAACGUGAAUAGCUCAAGCUGCUCUUCAUGGGCGGCGCGUCCCUCUUACAGAACCGGUACAAGGGGAUCAGCAACAGCAAAGCAAGACUUGCGCCCUGCAUUCAAAAGAUCGUCGAGUGGACCUAUUUCGGAUGGGCCUCGCUCCAGCCAACGUGACAGAGUCUUUGGUGACGCCGACAAUCCUGACAAGAGCGCGAGCUCCUGUGUCUCAGGAGAAGGCGAUGCAGUGCCGCUCGGCGAACCUAGUGCAGCUCCUUCAUCCUCUACUGCUAACCAUUCUGCGGGGGCGGGGGCGGUGCCGAUUGCUGAGUCAGAGCUCGCUUUCGACUUUGUACGUGAGCAUACCAGACUCUGCGCGGAUGAGGAGCGCGUACGGCGCCAGCAUGAGCUGCUGUCGGCCCUCAUUCGCAAAGCAGAACUUACCGGCGCUGGUGUCAAGGAGCUGCGGCUAUUGACACAGAGCCAGAAAGCAGCGGCUCGUGAUCUCAGCCAGCUUUCACUAGCCCACGCUGAGCUGCGGGAGCGCAAGGCACGUUCGAGCCUUGUGAUGGGAUUGGUUGAUGUCUCGAUACCGUUUGAAAGUAUCAUGGCUGCAGAAGUGGGCGCAAAAGAUUUUGCAGUGUAUCACAUCCAGGUCGAUAAAUUCUCGGCAAGGUCACAGGUGACGGAAGAAGACGCGCGGGAAGACCCACAAGAGGCACGCCCUGUCGAGAGCGGCUGGGUUGUUGCGCGUCGCUACAGCGAGUUUGCGGCCUUGAACGACCACCUCUCCAAGCGCUUCUCUGAAGUACAUCGCGCGAAAAGCCUGUUCCCCAGCAAGCGAAUAGUGGUCUUCUCACCAUCGCCUCUAGUCGAAGGACGUCGGCAAUCGCUAGAGAAUUGGCUCAGGGCCUUGCUCCUUAUACCCACUAUCUGCACAAGCCCAGAGCUCGAAGCAUUUCUAAAUCCAGCGCAGAUGCACGUCCUCCAGACGACGCUUGAAGCCGCCGUCAAAAGCUCGGGCAUGGCUACAGCACCAACGCUCAGCGACAGGAGCAUUGCGUCGCCGAUGGAUGCCGCCUUUGAGAUGGUUGUCGGCCUCACUGACUCUUUGGGCAUCCCUUUGCCGGCCAUCGUGAGCAGUCGCCAAUUUCUGACAGCCGGACUUGUCGGCCGCACUAUGGGAUCGACACCUGUGCCCGAGUCGCCGCUGCAGGCAGAGUCACAAGGCGAGAUGACAUCGACGCCUUUUACAGAGCCCAUAUGUGCGCUGCUGUUUGAGGUGUUCCAGCUCAGCGAAAAAGACCAGUGGUUCAGACGACAAUCGCUCGUGAUCGUGCUACAGCAAGCCCUGGGCGGCACCAUCGAGCGCAAAAUUCGCGAAGCCUUUUCGAGCGGAACCUCUCCUUUGGCAAUGACGCGCCACUUGACGAAAGUGCGCGAGAAUAUAUGGCCAAAUGGUAGCUUGAAGAAGCCCGCGCCAGUCCGAAGUCAAGCUGAGAAAGACUCGCUCAGGAUCAAUUCGCUUCGACAGUGCUACGCAUUGGUACCGGACAUAGCCGCGAGCUUCAUGGGCAAAGAGAACGCGCGAAAGGGGGCGCGCGAUGUGCACUCUGUCUUGCAGAGCAAGCGCUUGAACAAGUCUCUGAUAUACUCUGUGCUCGAUCUCUUGCUCGACGAGUUGGUGGAGAAGUCGAGGCAAACGCCCGUGUAGGGGCGCACCAUUGCAUUGCCCCUUUGCAAUUGAUCUUCACCAGUCAAGACUAUCACGAAUGCCUAGAUUGUCGACACCAUGAUGG